AUGUCAGGCCUCCGAUACGCUUUCUCCCUCUCGAAGCACGAAGUCGCAGAGGCAGAACCAUCAGGAACUGUUCGACUCAUUGGCACCACCCAAAUAACCCGCACCCCACCCCCCUCCCUCUCCCCCUCCGACCCCCUAAACUGGCCCCAAUGGCGCAAAACCACAAUCCUCCUCCUCAUGUCCCUCUACUGCUUCACCGCCAACUUCGGCUCCGCCGCCCUGGCCCCCGCCCUCCAACUCCUCCUCCCAAUCUAUCACGGCACCCAAACCUUCUCCACCCUCUCGCACCUCAUCGCCGUGAACGUCCUCCUCAUCGGCGUAAGCAACAUCUUUUGGGUCCCCCUCGCGGAUACCUUCGGACGGCGGGGCGUGCUCAUCGUCGCGAUGGCGGUCGCCGUGGGCGCGAGUGUGUGGUGUGGGCAAGCGGGGUCGUUUGAGGGGUUGCUUGCUGCGAGGGCGGUGCAGGGUGUCGGAUUUGGACCGGCGGAUAGUAUUGCGGCGAGUGUGUUGGGAGAGGUGUUUUUUGUGCAUGAGAGGGGACGGGCGAUGACGAUCUAUACCAUCUUCCUCGUCGGCGGUCUCUGCGGCGGCUACAUCGCGGGCAUCCAGGGGUAUCGGUACAUUUUCUGGAUCACGACGGCGCUGUUGGCUUUCGUCUUGCUGGGUACGAUGUUCUUCGUUGCCGAGACGAGUUUCGAUCGGGAGGCGCAGUUUCUUGUUGAGCGAGAGUCUGGUGGACUUCGGAGUGGAGAGUUGUUCGGGGAUGAGAAGACGGCCAAUGUGGAGAUGAUUGAGCGGGUGAGUCCUUCGUCACGGUUGAAUGUCGAUCGGGAGACGUUCACGUUCGCGCAGAGUCUGAGAGUCGGUGUCUAUCGAGGGCAUUUUCUCAGAAACUUCCUCGCUCCCUGGCUCUCGCUGGCAUUCCCUGGGACGUGGAUCGUCAUGUUACACUACGGCGGCCUCCUCGGCGGCCUCGUAACAAUCUCCAUCGUCGGCCCCCAAUUCCUCGCCAUGCCCCCCUACCUCUGGGGCAACAACGCCGGCCUAAUCAACAUCGGCGGCCUAACCGGCUGCAUCCUCGGCGGUCUCCUAAACUACCUCCUCUCCGACCGCCUCGCCCUGCGCAGUUCCAAAACCCGCUCUUCCACCCAACAAGGCUUCUUCGAACCCGAAUCCCGCCUCCCCACCAUCUUCCCCUUCCUCUUCCUCGCCACCACGGGCAUCUGGACGUUUGGGUUCAGCGCACAGAGUGGCACUGAGAAGGCCUGGGUGGGCAUGUGUGUGGGGUAUGCAAUGGUCGGGGCGGGGAUUACGGGGAUUCCGAGUUUGGGGUUUGGUUAUAUCAUCGACGCCUACCACCCCAUCGCAGCCUCAUGCUUCGUUAUGACGACCAUCUCGCGCUCCCUCGUGUCCUUCGCCUGGACCUACUUCGUCGGGGACUGGGUCGCGCAUGCGGGGCCCGCGGUGCCCUUUGGGAUCUUUGGGGGGAUUAUGGGGGUUUUCGCGUUGUUGACCGUGCCGUUUUGGUGGUGGGGGAAGAGGUUGAGGAUUGCGACCCAGGGGUUGUUGCCCAGGGAGGAGUAG